AUGGUCUCGCCUGCGGAUCUGCUGCAGCAGGAAGUCGACUGUCUGCGCCGAGCCUAUUCUCCUUUUGCUGAGUUUGUUGCUAUUCAUCCCUCUGUAGAUCCAGCUGCACCUGCUGCUGCUGCUGCUGCAGGUCUUGCUGCUGCUGCUGGUGCUGCAGCACCCGGCGACGCGGGAAAGGGACUAACAGGCUCAAGUGCGCAAGAGCAGCAGCAGCACGACCAGCUGCAGCUACAGCAGCCACAUGAGAAUCUGUACCUACUGCGACAGCAGCCGCACCAGCAGCAGCAGCAGCAGCAGCAGCAAUUCCUCUGUGCCUUAAGACACCCCCUGGGGACUCUGCUGCUCUCUAUUGGUCUCCAUAUUGACGGCCUACGACUUCUGAAGCUUGAUUGCCUGCCAGAUCAGACCCCACAAUCUGUCAUCAAGACAGUUGAGCAGCAGCAACAGCAGCAGCAGCAGCAGCAACAGCAACAACAAGUACUGCACCAGAGCAACGAGCAGCAGCUGUCCGCUUGGAGUGUACGUACACCUCAGCAUCCUGCUGCAGCAUUUGAGACAUUUGAGGGUUUGCUGCAGGCAGUUUGUCCACAAGUCUUUCAACAUAUGCAGCAGGAGUUGCUGCGGCGGCAGCUAGAGCAGCAGCAGCAAUAG